CGAGGGAGCGAAAAAGAAAAAGACGUCGGCAAAAAGUCGGCGCAAACUUGCCUUGCCGACCCAUCAUUUACGUCACGAUCUCCUUAUUAAAUACGAUAUAUUUUCUCGAAAAGCUCCCACCCCCUUCCUCCUCCUCCUCCUCCCAAAUCUCUUGUAUCCGUUUCUUCCUCUUCCCGAUACUUCUAACUUUUUUCUGAAGUCAUCGGAACCAAAAUCUAUCAGAUCUAGGGUUAGGGCUAGGGUUUCCUCAUUUGUUGUUUCCUACUUUUUCUUGGUUUAUUUCAAUGAUGUAUCCAGUUGCGAAGAAGUCGCCUUCGUCGCAGCAGCGGCUGAAGAAUCGGCGAUCCAAGCAGAGCUUUGCAGCGCCACCAGAAGGGGGAGAUUUUACCUCAUACAACGACCAGCCAUAUUCAAAUAAAAUGUCAGAUGUUGCUUUCAAUUCCCUCCCUCCAAUUCAUAUUGGUGACGCCGAAGCCCCAGUGGGAGUCAUUCGGAGGGUGUUUUCAGGAUCUUGCCCGUUGCCCCCUUUAAGUUCUCCUUUGCAACCACCAGCUUCCAACGAGACAAGUAUACUACCAAACCCGACUAAGAGGAAAGUUUUUGAACCUCAUUUGUCGGAACAGGCAGUUGAAGAAGCCAUCGAGAAAGGAAAUGCUUUUCAAGCAACAUUUCGUGUGAAUGCACACAAUCCGAAAGAGGCUUACUGCACUAUAGAUGGGGUGCCAGUGGAUGUUCUCAUCAAUGGUGUUGAUGCUCAGAAUAGAGCGAUUGAAGGUGAUAUCGUUGCUAUAAAGUUGGAUCCUAUGGCAUAUUGGACUAAGUUGAAAGGAUCAAGUACUUCUAUCAAUCCUGUUGUGUCAGAUGACUUUAAUUUGUCUCCUGAAUGUACAGAAAUUGGCAAGAGCUGUGCUACUCAGGAACAUACAGCUUCUAGUAUGUCAAUCCAAAUGGGCAAAGUAUACUAUGAAAAAGGUACUAGAAACGAAUCUGCUCUUCUUUAUCUGGACAAUGGAUCUCAGAGUAAUUAUAAUAAGCCUGAUGUACGCAAGAAUAUGGCCCCAGGGAGUUCAGAUGAAGCUGCAAGAGCAUUAGGAAGAAUAUGUGCAAUGUUAAAUUCCAGCCCAUCAAAACGACCAACAGGAAGAGUUUUAGCUAUUUUGAGAAAAUCUCAUCGACGUGGAGCAGUAGUUGGUUUUCUUUCUGCUAAUAAGGAGUAUAGAAUGCAGGAAAACGGGCAAUCUUUAAAAAAAGACAAUAAGAUCUUACUAUCUAAAUAUGUACAGUUGUUGCCUACAGAUCCAAAGUUUCCUAAGAUGGUGGUUAGUGUCAGUACCCUUCCAGACUUUUUGAAGGAAAAGUUAACUAGUGGCGAUGUGACAUUGGAAAGGGAGUUGAUUGCUGCUAAAAUAGAUGAAUGGAGUGAUGAAAGCCCUCUUCCAACGGCUAGUAUAAUGCGUAGUUUAGGAAGGGGAGGAGAAAUUGAACCACAAAUAGCUGCCAUUUUGUUUGAAAAUGCAAUUUGUGAUUCAAAAUUUUCUUCUGUUUCAUUAGGAUGCAUUCCAGGUUUACCAUGGCAGAUCCCAUCAAAGGAAUUUAAAACUAGAAAGGAUUUCAGAAAUAUUUGCACGUUUACAAUUGAUCCUUCUUCUGCUACUGACCUUGAUGAUGCUUUAUCAGUUGAAAUAGUAUCCGACGAGACAAUCCGAGUUGGGGUUCAUAUCACAGAUGUUUCGUACUUUGUUCUUCCUGAAACAGCUCUAGAUACAGAAGCAAAAACUCGAUGCACGAGUGUUUAUAUACUACAGCAUAGACUUUCAAUGUUGCCUCCAGAACUUUCUGAAGGGUUGUGUUCACUUCUCCCUGGGGUAGAUAGACUGGCCUUCUCAAUUACCUGGGACAUUAAUAGUUCAGGAAAGAUAGUUAACAGGUGGAUGGGUCGAUCUAUUAUCCAGUCUUGCUGCAAGCUGUCUUAUGAUCUCGUACAGGAAAUCCUUGAUGAAUCUUUUAUUAAAGAACAGUGUAAUUCUUAUGGAACUCCAAGUCCUAAGUUACAUGGCUGUUUCGAGUGGAAGGAUAUCAUUACCUCUCUAAGAAGCCUGUAUGAGAUCUCUAUGCGCCUAAGAGAAGGUAGGUUCAAAGAUGGAGCCCUUUGGCUGGACAGUUCUAAGCUUGGUUUCUUGUUUGAUGAGUAUGGAAACCCAUAUGAUAGUUUUCUUCGUGAGACGAAAGAUUCCUGCUCCCUUGUUGAGGAAUUCAUGCUGCUUGCAAACAGAUCAGUCGCAGAAGUCAUUUCUAUGACAUUUCCUGACCGUGCUUUACUGCGCAGGCAUCCUGAACCAAAUCUAAGAAAGCUUCGAGAAUUUGAAGUAUUUUGCAACAAACAUGGUUUUGAGUUGGACAUUUCAUCCUCUGGACAACUUCAUCGAUCACUAUCCAGAAUAAGAGAGAAGCUUAAAGAUGAUCCUGUGCUGUUUGACAUUCUUGUAUCAUAUGCUUCAAGACCAAUGCAACCAGCAGCAUACUUCUGUACUGGGGAAUUGCAAGGCAGGGAAAAUGACUGGGCUCAUUAUGCACUAUCAGUUCCGUUCUACACUCAUUUUACCUCCCCAAUACGAAGGUAUCCUGAUAUAGUUGUGCAUCGAAUUCUAUCUGCAGCACUUGAUGCUGAAGAAGAGUAUCUGAAGAGAAAGCAACGGUUGCCUUAUGUAGAUAAAGAUGAAACAUCCGGCACUGAAGUUGGAAACAAAUAUUUCACUGGUCUUUGUUUCAAUAAAAAUGCUGCUGAAUCUGAUGAAGGCAGAGAUGCUCUAGCAGCUGCUAUGGUGAAGUAUAAAGUUCCUGGGUGUGAUGUGCUUUCAGAGCUUGCUCUAUAUUGCAAUGAAAGAAAGCUAGCUAGUCGGCAUGCUGAAGAAGCUGGACAAAAGCUCUAUCUUUGGACACUGUUGAAGAAUAAAGAGACGCUAGUUUGUGAGGCUAGAGUUCUAGGAUUGGGACCAAAGUUCAUGUCAGUUUACAUCCACAAGUUUGCUAUUGAGAGGCGUAUAUACUACGACGAAGUGGAGAGCUUAGUUGUCGAGUUGCUCCCGACAACUUCCUCGCUGGUGUUGGAUGUACCGAGGGCUAAACGAUUUCAGCGAAAGGUCGGAAACUGGAAGAAGCUUCGGUCCAUUGAUGAUGUGGCUCUGGUUAUUUACCCGCCUGAAGAAAAUGAAGCAGAAUCAGAAGAAAAGAACGAGACGAGUCCUGCUAUGUUCCCUCUUGUAUUAAGCCUUUUGUCCACUGUCCCUGUGGCUCUUCAUGCGAUUGGAGGAGAAGAUGGUCCACUGGAAAUAGGUGCUAGAUUGUACAUGUGCUCUUACUUCAGAGAAUCUGGAGAAAUUUAACUUCUGCUGAGCCGUGGUGGUGAUUGCAAUUGAUAGAUGAAUGCCAAAUUUGUCAUCUUACUGAGAGAAGAAAAUAAUACAGCGGAAGGCCCUCCAUAUGAGAUCAUACAGGAAGCAGAUCGAGCCGGGUGUCUGAACACAGACUUUACAAUGGAGAAGAGAAUGUAACUAUUCUCCGAUUCUACGACAGAAAAGGGAAUGCAACUAUUUUCCAAGUACUUACUGGAGUAAGCUUUAAAGUUUUUAUAGUUUACUCAUAAACAAUUAAUUCUUAGCCAAGUAAUGUUAGCCUUAUGAGGCCCAGGGUAAUUUACACGGUAAAAAAGUUCACACGACCAAAACAUUUCAAGGCCGCAACGGCAUUUGCGGCAGAAGAUGAGGCAUGGAUUGUGGGUUAGGGCAAGUAUCUUAUAUUUAGGUUCGGACGAUUCCAUGGAUCUAAAUGGAAAUGCAUAUGGAAUCUGUAGACUUAUAUGCAAUUUAGAUGCUUGACAGGAUGUGCAACGAAAAAACCGAUGUCAUUUUGAAUGUUAUGCCGUUGCCAUGAUUUUAUCUUGCGAGGUCCGAUAUAUUAAAAUCAUUAGACAGGUUAACGAUAGAUCGUUUUUUAUAAUGUGAAUUGUUCUAUAAUAUUUCCUAAAGCAGGUGAACGAUAUGCUGCUUGAGUUCU